AUGGCCUCCAACCCUUCUUCCUAUCUCAUCGUGGGAGCAGGCGUCUUUGGCGUCUCCACCGCCUUCCACCUCAUCAAGAAGUACCCGGACGCCUCGGUCACCAUCGUGGACCGGGACCCCUACGACGGUGACAACCGCGUGGCGGCGUCAUGGGACUGGAACAAGGUGGUCCGCGCAGACUAUGAUGAUCUCGUCUACUGCCGCCUCGCCAUCGAGGCCCAGGACGUCUUCAAGUCGGACCCGCUGUGGCAGCCCUACUUUCACGAGACGGGUGUCUACUGGAUCUGCCGCAGCGAUUAUGCUCAAGAUGUCAUCAACAACUACAAGAAGCUAGGCCGCAAGGCUGAUAUUGUUGCUGUCUCUGUCGAGGAGGCCAAGAAGCUGUAUGGCGGCCUGUUUGACCAGGCUGACUACACUGGAGCCAAGGAGGUGCUCAUCAACAAGACCAGCGGCUGGGCCGCGGCCGGUGACUCUCUGCGGGCCAUCACCCGCGAGGCCAUGAAGCUGGGCGUUAAGUACGUUGUGGCUGAUGUCGCGACCCUCCAAAUCGAUGACAGUGGUCGCUGCACCGGCAUCAAGACUGCCAAGGGCGACGUUGUUUCAGGCUCGAAUGUCAUCCUCUGCACGGGGGCUUACACAUCCAAGCUGCUCGAGUAUAGCGCCGCGAGCAGUGGCCUCGAGGAGCUCCGUGCUGGACCGCGGAUCGUGGCCGGUGGCAUCACGACAGGGAUGGCCACUCUGGAUGAGCGGUCAUACGAGACAACCUACUCCAAGAUGCCUGUCGGAUUCCAGGGAUACACUGCCGCAGAAGGACCCUUUAUUGGCAGCCUUCCUCCUACAAAGGACAGGGAGCUCAAGUGGUGGGGACGCACCAUCUUCAAGAACACUCGCCAGGUCCUGCCUGGACGGUACAUCUCUGCGCCGCCAGAUGAUAGGGAUUAUGCGCAGUGGAAGGUGUCUAGCAAGCUCAAGGAGGAUAUUGACUACUCCAACCAAGUAUUCUACGGAAACAAGGGAGCCCACUGGACCAUGGAGAAGCACCGUAUCUGCUGGGACGCCUUCACAACCAGUGGAGACUUUAUCAUCUCCCCACACUCUGGAGCCAAGGGCCUCUACGUAGCAACCUGCGGCUCGUUCCACGGGUACAAGUUCUUCCCGGUGCUGGGCAAGUACAUCGUGCAGAUGCUCGAGGGCGAGCUGUCUCCUGAGCUUGCGGAGAAGUGGGCCUGGGACAGGGAGCGGCCCGACCCAGCUCUGAACCCUGAGUGGCCGAGGGCAGAGAUGAAGGAUCUGGCCGAUCCCGCAGCGAGGCUGUAA